UUCCCUCACCCGGAAGUACUUAGACGCUGACAGUGAAUGACGAGAGGCUGGUUUAUUUUUGGACAGGGGAAAAACACAGUGGUUCUAAACCUGUAUUUGGUUAGAAUAUCACCUAAGGAACUUGUUUCAUCAUCCUUUGGCCAAAAGUAUUGUCUUCCCGUAGGACGUGGAGCGUAACGCAACGGAGUUCCGCGCCGCAAUAAAGGAGCCCUGGUGCAAAUGUUUAAGUCUUUUCAAGACUGUUUAUGAUCUGUGACCGUGAUGUUUUGUUGUUCCGCGAACCAACGUAUAAGUCUCGGACUUCUAUGCUGGAGGUCUCUGGCAGCGUGUCCAAAUAACCUCCAAGACUCUUCCUUGUUGAUUCUGAAGGCGUUCUCGACCUCGCCCCGCUCUUCAACCAAGAAAGAGGCGAGCAAACCCUUGAAGCAGUGGACUCUUGUUGUUAACCCCUUCAGCAAAGUACGGGUUCAGCUCCAAUGUGACAUCUCCGUACGACCUCUGGACCCGCACGCUUUCCCCGAGGCGAACCGGGCCUUCAUCACCAUUCAUGGCACCAGCGCAGAUCAAGCUGUCCAACUAGACAACUUCCAGGUGCACUAUGAUGACCAAAACAAGGAACUGUCCAUCUUGUCCGAGGUCAAAAACAGCAACGUGUCAGUGGAGCUGACCGCUCCCAUCAAAAGCGACCUUUACAUCACCACUCAAGGAGAGGGCAACGUGCAUGUCCAGAAGAUGGAGUGUGAUACCUGCAGGGUGCAGACAGAGAGGGGGAAUUGUGUGCUGCACUCAGUCAAGGGUCACCAGGUGCAGGUCCAGUCCCAGGGGGGCAACGUCACUGGGGUGGGAACCAUCCAUGGCAAUGUGGACAUCAGCACAUCUGGACACAGUGCGGUGAAUGUGAAGAAGAUCCAGGGUACUACUAUGAACGUGUCGACAGAACAUGGCCCUCUGAAGGUGAAAGCCAUCUACGCUGAGUCCACCUCCAUAUCGUCCUCUUCAGGGAGGAUACAGCUGGGACACAUACAUGGCGAUGCCACAGUGCGGAAUGAGACUGGAGAUAUAAUUGUAGAUGGUUCUAACAAUGGCUACCUGAAGGUGUCGUCAAAGAGUGGAAACAUUGAUGCAUAUGUAGGAGACAAUGGCAGUGCAGAACUCCACUCUCAGCAAGGUGCAGUGUCUGUGCGUGUCCCCUCCUCUAUAAGAGCAGGAGUGCAGCUGUGUGGAAUGUCAGUAGAGAUCAGCCCAGAGAUAGUCCUUCAGCAAGCAGAGAGAGAUUCGAAAGAUAGCAUGACUACUGUCACUGGCCAUAUGAAUGGGCAACUCCAGGGUGACCAGUGGAUCAGGGCCCAGGCAGACAGAGGCUCCAUCACCCUGAAGGCACAGAGCUGGUUUGAGUCUCUGAAGCUGGGCAGCUGAGGCUUCACUGCUACGCCCCAUUCCAAAAAUGUCCUACCUACAGUGCCUUGCGAAAGUAUUCCGCCCCCUUGAACUUUGCGACCUUUUGCCACAUUUCAGGCUUCAAACAUAAAGAUAUAAAACUGUAUUUUUUUUU